AUGGCACUUAGCCCCUGCAUGUUGACCGCUGUCUCAAUGAUCUGUCCAGCGAUAUUUUAUUCAACUUUCCCUGGCAAUGUACUAGUAAAUGGACAACAAGCAUAUAAAACUAUUCAAUUCAAUAUAGCAACUGAUUGUUCAUCAUCGGCUGGAUGUGAUUUUAACGAUGGUUCCAACUGGAUUGGCGGUGUCUCUCCAAACAAUGGUGAUUACAUUUAUAUUGCAUCAAUCAAUUUUACAAAUGCUCGUCCAUCUACACCAAAACAAACCAUCUAUUCAUACAAGUCACUUACACUUGCUGCCAUCUCUAUUGUUGGUAGUGAAUCUGUCCAAGUUGAAUUUAACACCUUCUCUGGAUGUGAUGUUGCCGGAGAAGCCUAUCUUGGAAAAUCUGCCACUUGGAACGUCGUUGGAAGCUCAGAUAUCGGUGCUGCUGCCGUUCUCCUAGACGACGAAUCCUCUCUCCUUCUCCAAGGUGACUGUAAUUUCUUUGCCAACUCUGCCUUUUUCGGUUCUGGUUCCGUCUAUAGACAAGAAUCGUAUGGUAGUUUUGAAACCCAAACCGGUCCAUCCAUCUUUAGCGGUUCACUUUUCAUUCAAAACCAAACCACUGUCUACCUCUACGGUCAAAACACCAUCGGCGGUAGCUUUUUCAUUGAUGGUGAUACCACACUCGACAGCGCACUCAUCACCACCCAAGCCUACUUUGAAGAUCUCCAAGUCAACGUUGCUGUUGUCGUUGCUGCCUAUUCCGCUCUCUUUGUCACAUUUGAUUUCCAAGCUCCCAACGUCACCAUUUUCACCCAAGGUCAAAUCUCUGUCAACCCACACCUUUUGAGCACUCCAGACGGCUCCCCCAUCAUUGUCUCGGUCGGCUCGCUCACCGCCCAAGAAUACACUUACGCCUGGUUUGGUACUGCCGACACUAUUACACUUGGUCAAGUCAACAGCAGCGGUACUGUCGAAUUCAGCGGUGCCUCUACCAUCCAAUUCACCGGUGAACCAUCUUGGAUCCAAAUCUUCAACGUCGACACUGUCAACAACGCCGACGGCUCCAUCCUCAACCUCAACUUGAACAACACCAACAUUGCCUAUAUCCUCGCCUACACAUCCUCCUCUGCCAACACCUAUGUCAAGUUCAACUACCAAGGUUCCAACCAAUUGGGUUCCAUCGUCAGCUCGCCACUCUACAACACUCUUAUCUCGGUCCUCCCAAAUGCCACUCUCGAUCUCACCGACUCGAUCAUUGAAUCUGAUGAAAACUCAUACUUUGCCGUCGAAAAGAACGCACUCCUCUUGAUUGACAAUAGUACCAUCAACACCCCAUCCAUCCUCGCCGACACCAAUGCCACCGUUCAAGUUUUCGACUCUACUUUGAUUACCUCCAUUGGUAUCAGCUAUGGCAGUUCAUUGCUCUUGCAAGACACUAACAUCAACUAUGAUGUCAACGCCACUUUAUCCUCAUCUGUCAACGCUACCGGCACCGUCGUCAUUGGUGGUCACUUGUAUCUUGAAAACGACUGCAACCUCAAUGUCUUGAUCCAAGAUCUAUCUUCUCAACCAAGUGCCCCAGUCCAAGUUCAAGGUGGUGCUUACUUUUCAGAAACCUCUCAACUUGUUGUCACCUUUGCCAAUGCAAAACGUGAUUUGAAGCUCAACCAAUACUACAACAUCCUCAGCAGUAAUGAACCAAUCAGCAUGCCAACUUGCAUUCUUACCAAUCCAUUAUCCAAUCCAAAGUACAGACCUCAAUUUGCUAUCAACGUCUCUUCAAGUGGUGUCUCUACCCUUUCUUUAAUUAUUAAAUUUUGUUUAAAAACAACUGUACUAAGUUUGGAUUUAAAUAGUUUAAAUCAAAAUAAUGGAGUUAUUGAUUUAGGAAACCUUGAAAAAUCUCAAAUCAAAACAUACCUAAAUGACAUUGAUGGUAAAGCACUUGUAGAACUUACUGAAGAUUUACCAAUGUCUGAUUCAAAGGUAAAAGGUUCAUUGAUAGGUGAAACCAACCAACAUGGAACACUAUCUCAUUCAGCAGCGAUAUUAAAACCACCUCCAGUGACAAACCUUGAGGAAUCUCUAAAAGUAGAUGCCUCAUCUCUACAAGUGUCUGGACAGUCAACAACCUAUAAUGUAAAUCUUACUGGAUCGGUUGUAGUUGUUCUUUCAGAUGUUUCUGGCUCCAUGGCUCUCGAAGGCCAAAUGGAAAGAUUAAAAAAGAGUCUAUUCCAAAUUCUAGAGACCUAUAAAACCAAUCACAUAUCAUUGGCAAGUUGGGAAACAGAAACAUUGGUGUCUUGUUGGCAAAAAUAUUUAAAACUUUCAAUGGGCUUGAGAAAAACACUUAAUCGUUUAAUUGUUGAAGCAAAGUCUUCAACUACAGUUGGUGCCAAGCCUACCAAACCAUUAUUUCAUCCAUAUCAUCCAGAUGUUCAAAUAAUACUAUCCAAACCCGGUAUUCAACCAAUUAUUGCCCAGUUGGACCAUCAAGGUCAAAUAGAUUUGACUGAUUUACCAGAUGGAACCUAUACCGCUCAAUUAUUGCAAUACAAUGAACCAGAAUUCAUCGACCUUGGUGCAAGAUUGAUGAACUUUAACUUUUCUCUAAAAGAUUUACCAAUGUCUGAUUCAAAGGUAGAGGGUUCAUUGAUAGUUGAUGGAACAAGAGAUGAAAUCAAACUAAACACUACAUCUGAUCAAAAGGGUGACUACUCUGUCGUAUUACCUCCAUCUAAAAUUAAUCUACAAGUAACCAACCAACAUGGAACACUAUCUCAUUCAGCAGUGGUAUUAAAACCACCUCCAGUGGCUACCCUAGAGGAAUCUCUCAAAGUAGAUCCCUCAUCUCUACAAUUGUCCGAACAGUCGACAACCUAUAAUGUAAAACUGACUGGAUCGGUUGUAGUUGUACUUUCAGAUGUUUCUGGCUCCAUGGCUCUCGAAGGCCAAAUGGGAAGAUUAAAAAAGAGUCUAUUCCAAAUACUAGAGACUUAUAAAACCAAAAACAUAUCAUUGGCAAGUUGGGACACAGAAACCUAUUGGUGUCUUAAUGGUAAAAAUAUCCAAGCAUCCCAAAAUCAAAUUCUCUUUUGUGGCCAUUGGAGAAGGGUCUGA